GUGCAGGGCAUGCACGAUGCAUCGGCGGCGCGGCGGCGGCCGUCCAUCUUUGGGGAGGCGCGGCGCAUCGUGGCGGAGGAGGGCGCGCUGGCGUUCUGGAAGGGCAACACCGUCACCAUCGUGCACCGCCUGCCCUACUCCGCCAUCAACUUCUUCGCCUACGAGAGCUACAAAUCCAUGCUUGAAACCAUGGCGGCCAAUUCCUUCCCCAGCCCUGACCUCCCGCCCACCCACGCACACCACGCACUGCAACCAAACCAGCAACACCAACAGCAGCAGCAGCAGCAGCAGCAGCAGCAGCAGCAGCAGCAGCAGCAGCAGCAGCAGCAGCAUGAGCAGGGGUGGCAGGCGGCGCGGAGGGGGGUGGUGGACAUGGGGGUGAAGUUCCUGGCGGGAGGGGGUGCGGGGUGCACUGCGGCCACCAUCACGUACCCGCUUGACCUCGUGCGCACGCGCCUUGCUGCUCAGACCAAGUCGCGGUACUACAAGGGCAUAGUGGGCACGCUGAGCACCAUCGUGCGCGAUGAGGGUCUGCUGGGGCUCUACAAGGGCAUGGGCGCCACUCUCCUCGGCGUGGGCCCCAAUCUGGCCAUCAACUUCUGUGUGUAUGAGACGGUGAAGGCCAACUGGGUGCGCCGCCACCCUGAGAUGCCUGUGCCUCUCGUCUCCCUCGGCUGUGGCAGCCUCGCUGGCAUCUGCUCCUCCUCAGCCACGUUCCCGCUGGACCUGGUGCGGCGGCGCAUGCAGCUGGAGGGAGCAGGGGGCCGGCAGCCCUCACAGCGGCGCACCAUCCCGCAGAUGCUGGCGCACGUCGUGCGCACCGAGGGGUGGCAGGCACUAUACCGUGGCAUCGUGCCCGAGUAUGCUAAGGUGGUGCCGGGGGUCAGCAUCGCCUUCAUGACCUAUGAGUUCAUGAAGAGGCUGCUGCGCCCCCGCGACAGCUUCCUGGACUGA